UUGAUAUGUUCCGGAAAAUUGUGUGCACGAAGCUGUCGACAGACUUCCGCGGCGCCACCGAGAUUGUGACGGUCCCGCGGGCAUCUUUAAAGGUAACUCCAGGCACAGUCCUCAUCAAGAACGUUGUCGUGGGCAUCAAUGCGUCCGACAUCAACUACACGAACGGAAAGUACAACCCGGGAGUGCAACCGCCUUUCGACUGUGGAUUUGAGGGCGUGGGGCAUGUUGAGGAAGUUGGUGCCGGUGUCAAACACUUGAAGAAAGGCGACGCCGUCGUCUACUCAAUGUACGGCGCGUUUUCCGAGUACGUUGUGGUUCCAAUCAAGUUAGCGGCGAAGGUACCUGUGGCGACGGCCGAGAUCCUCCCGCUGAACGUGUGCGGUCUCACGGCCUCCAUUGCAUUGGACACAGUCGGUGAGAUGAAAACUGGCGAAACCGUGUUGGUGACUGCCGCUGCUGGAGCCACGGGUCAGUUCGCCGUGCAACUGGCAAAGCUUGCGGGCAACACCGUCAUCGGUACUUGCAGCUCGCCUGAGAAGCAAGAGUAUUUGAAGUCCAUCGGAUGCGACCGUGCAAUCGACUAUACUAAAGAAGAUGUUGGUACAGUCUUGGCCAAAGAAUUUCCUCGCGGAGUUGAUCUCGUCUUUGAAUCUGUCGGCGGCUCCAUAUUCGAGACUUGCAUGAACAACUUGGCCAAGCAUGGACGUUUGGUCGUAAUCGGGUCCAUCUCGGGUUACGCUGACUCGUCGUCGUGGUCGGGAGGUAGCACCUCGUCGCCCUUUGCAUCUACCCUCUUGAGCAAAUCCGCGUCCGUGCGUGGAUUCUUCCUCAACCAUUUCAUCAAGACCCAUGGUACUACGCAUGCCCGGAAGCUCGCGACGUUGGUUCGCCACGGCUUGCUUAAUUCGGGUGUGGACCCAGCCAAGUUCAGCGGCCUAGACAGCGUUGCUGACGCCAUCGAGUACCUGUACGCGCGCAAGAACAUUGGCAAACUCGUCGUGCAUCUCGACACUCCUCAUUCGUCGCUUUAAUCCGUCGACGUUUUCGGCUUCUUAUUCGACGCAAUGAUUUUCUCUCGCAAUUUGGCAAAACUAAAGUCCGACUUGAACCCGUCGUCCAGGUUGCUCGUCGUGCCUUGCAACUCGACCGUCUUGACCAUCGUGAUGAGGCGCCUCGCGUAUUUACUCGUGAGACGCUCUUCCGAAUUGGCCACCA